CCGCCGCGGGCAUCGCCCCUUUGUCUGCGGAGGAGAGAGGCGGAGGGCGCUGCGGCGGAGGCUCGGCCGGAGCCCGACGGGACCAGCCCCGCUCCGCAGCUGCAGCAGGAUGGCAGAGAAGGGUAUGGAUCCUGCGUGUGUCUCCAUUGCCCUGGAGGACACGGUGUGCCACGCCAGCCCUGCCGAUGCCCCGCUCCUCACCACCCACUUGAAGAAGGUUGAGAACCACAUCACAGAGGCCCAGAGGUUUUCCCACCUCCCAAAGCGCUCAGCCGUCAACAUUGAAUUCAUUGACCUGUCCUACUCUGUGCGGGAAGGCUCCUGGUGGAGGAAGAGAGGGUACAAGACACUGCUCAAAUGCCUGUCAGGGAAGUUCUGCCAGCGGGAGCUCAUUGGGAUCAUGGGCCCCUCGGGUGCUGGGAAGUCCACGCUCAUGAACAUCCUGGCUGGGUACAGGGAGACAGGGAUGAAGGGGCAGAUCCUGGUGAAUGGCCGGCCCCGGGACCUGCGCACCUUCCGCAAGAUGUCCUGCUACAUCAUGCAGGAUGACAUGCUCCUGCCACACCUCACCGUCCUGGAGGCUAUGAUGGUCUCUGCUAACCUGAAGCUGAGUGAGAAGCAGGAGGUGAAGAAGGAGCUGGUGAAUGAGAUCCUGACUGCUCUGGGGCUGCUGGAGUGCUCCUACACCCGCACCAUCUCACUGUCGGGGGGGCAGCGCAAGCGCUUGGCCAUCGCCCUGGAGCUGGUGAACAACCCUCCGGUCAUGUUCUUCGAUGAGCCCACGAGCGGUCUGGACAGUGCCUCCUGCUUCCAGGUGGUUUCCCUGAUGCGGUCCCUGGCUCAGGGUGGGCGCACCAUCAUCUGCACCAUCCACCAGCCCAGCGCCAAGCUCUUUGAGAUGUUCGACAAGCUCUACAUCCUGAGCCAGGGCCAGUGCAUCUUCAAAGGCAUCGUGACCAACCUCAUCCCCUACCUGAAGGGUCUUGGCCUUCAUUGCCCCACAUACCACAACCCUGCUGACUUCAUUAUUGAGGUGGCCUCAGGAGAAUAUGGGGACCUCAACCCUGUCCUGUUCCGAGCUGUCCAGAAUGGCAUGUGCACCAUGGCUGAGAAGAAGAGCAGCCCUGACAGAGCAGAUCCGUCAUGCCCAGCGCACUGUGUGACGGACGUGGACCACAUCGAGAGCCACACGUUUGCCACCAGCACUUCAACUCAGUUCUGCAUCCUCUUCAAGAGAACCUUUAUCUGCAUCCUAAGGGACACGGUGCUGACCCACCUGCGGUUCAUGUCCCACAUCUGCAUUGGGGUGCUCAUUGGGCUGCUCUACCUGCACAUCGGCAACGAUGCUGGCAAAGUCUUCAACAACACCGGCUUCCUCUUCUUUUCCAUGCUCUUCCUCAUGUUUGCCGCACUGAUGCCCACCAUCCUCACCUUCCCCCAGGAGAUGACUGUAUUCCUGAGAGAGCACUUGAACUACUGGUACAGCCUGAAAGCCUAUUACCUAGCAAAGACCAUGGCAGAUGUGCCCUUCCAGAUCAUCUGCCCCAUAGCAUACUGCAGCAUCGUGUACUGGAUGACGGGCCAGCCACCUGAAGCUACACGCUUCCUCCUCUUCUCUGCCCUGGCCACCGCCACAGCCCUGGUGGCCCAGUCCCUUGGGCUUCUCAUCGGAGCUGCUUCUACUUCUCUGCAGGUGGCUACCUUUGUGGGACCCGUCACUGCCAUCCCUGUCCUGCUCUUCUCUGGCUUCUUUGUCAGCUUCAAGACCAUCCCCACCUACCUGCAGUGGAGCUCCUAUGUCUCCUAUGUCAGGUACGGCUUUGAGGGCGUCAUUCUCACCAUCUAUGCCAUGGAGCGUGAGGACCUGGAAUGCCUCGAGGACUUCUGUCCUUUCCAAAAACCCAUCAAGAUCCUGCAGGAGCUGGAUGUGGAAGAGGCCAAGCUCUACCUGGACUUCCUCAUCCUGGGCAUCUUCUUCAUUAUCCUGCGGCUCCUGGCUUACCUGGUCCUCAGGUACAAAGUCAAAUCAGAGAGAUAAGGGGCCAUGGGGCCCCAGUGCCGUUCCCAGGCCUGGCCUGCUCUAAGAGACAUUCUGCAGGUGGACACAGCACUCCCAGCAGGUCACGGACCACAGCGGAGGCAUUGGUAGGUGCCAGCCAGGCCUGGCUCAGUCGAGAAGGGUUUUGAGACAUCUCGGAACUGUUUUAACCUUUCCAUGCACUCUUCAUUGCAAACGUUUUGUACAGCCCUGGCACACUCUGUCCCCCAGGACUGCCCAACCCCAUGGAGCUUGGAUCCCCUCUUGUCACCCCUGCCCGGCACUGCCCUUCUCCACCAAACACACUGGGACUCUGGGCAUGGUCCCAUGGAGGCGGCUGUCUGCUGAGCAAGGCCAAGAGGAGAGUGAUGUCCUGGGGCUGAAGGCAGGAGGAGACACCCGCAGCAUGGAUCCACAGUGCAGCCCACAGCCCUGUUGCUUGCCCUAGGCAGCAGCAUGUGUGUCAAUGCUAAGAAGAGCCCAAAGAUGGAAUAGGCCAAAUUGCACAAGGCUUGAGUGCUUCCUGUCACCAUAGCCACAGAAAUUACUGCAUCCUCUUUUUCUUUCUGCAUAAAUCCUCCCUGAUUUUCUUUUAUUUGUCAUGUUUGGGGUUUUGUUUUUCUUUUUUGUUUUCUUUCCUUCUAUUUUUUUUAUAAACCAGCUGAUUCCCAUUCUGCAUGGAAGGGAAAGGGAUCCAGCAGGCAAAGGAAGGACCUGGGGCUCUGCUCAGACUUCUGCUCGGAUGCUAUCCUCGGAGAUAGGAUCUUCAAACCUGGGGAUAUGGCAGGGUCUGGGAAUGGAACAGUGUUCUCCUACCUUUGG